UAUCGCGUUCACCGUCGCAGCGACACGUCGUCAACGCAGUGUCGAACCGAUAAUUCGAAAUCGUCGGCGAAUUCUGCCGUUCACAACAACCGACCGAACCUGGAAAUUUGGUUCACGGUCAUCAUGAAUGAAAGCAAUCAGGAUAUGGCAUUUGGGUCAUGUCCGGAGCUCGAUAAGCCAUUUACAGAUAACUCUAUGCAAGAUCUAGAACUACAUGAUGGCUCAGAGCAGUAUGAUCUGGAAAUUGAUGAUAAUUCAACAUCGAUUAAAGAUGUAAAUGACAAGGAAGAUGAACCAUUGUUUGUUGUAGACAAAACUGAUAGUUUUAAAAUGCGUCAUGCAAUACAAUACGAGUCUCAAAAAAAUAGUUAUGAAAAAAACCAGAGAAUAGACACGGGGUCAAAGCAAAAUUCCUGUUGGAAUUGUGGUAUGCCAAAUCAUUCUCUGCACAACUGUCCUGAACCUAGAAAUCAGCCAUUAAUUAAUAUAAAUCGUCAUAUGUUCUUAAUGCAGAAACAUUCUCAACCAAAUAAUUUUCAUGAAAAAGGUUUCAAAAAUCGCGGUCGAAAAAAUGUUCGUUACUUUGUAGCGGGUAAUAAAUCCCCAUACAAUAAUCUUACACCUGGUAAAAUUAGUGCUGAGUUGUUAAAAGCAUUGGGUCUACCUGAAAAUGGAAUUCCAGUACACGUUUAUAGGAUGAGAAAAUAUGGUUAUCCUCGAGCAUGGCUUGAAGAAGCCAGAGAUGAAUAUUCCGGAAUUUCAAUAUUUACAGCACCUAAUAAAUGUUUACCGUUUCCAGGAAAAAAGAAGGAUGCAACUGAUGCUGUCUUUUGUAAUAUUAAUAAGAGGAAAUUACAUGAAUACCCGGGUUUCAAUGCACCUCCUCCUGCUAACUCUAUUGAUGAAUGUAAAAAGUAUGAAUGUCCUGAAUUCAAUCCGGAACAAAGUCUUAAUCAUAUGUAUGAAAAUUUGCAAAAAAAUAUAACUGAUACUAAAACAGAAUUACAUGGAGAUAGUUAUAAUGAAGAUACAGGCUUUUUAUCUAAUGAAACUUUGCCUGGAGAAGAAAGUUUUCAAUCUAAAAGUAUUGAGAGCAAAAAAUCAACUGAUCAUAUGCCCUCUUCGCCUGAAGAUGGAGAAAUCACUGAUGAAGAUAUCAGUUUAGAAGACAAUUGUGUAGAAUCUCCAUCUAAUGGAACAGCGUCAGAAAAAAUUAAUGAUGAUCAAAGUAAUUCAGACACAUUUGAAAGCGGUGUUGACACUAAAGACUAUGUAAACGAUACUCAAAUAAGUUUAUCCAAUUCUCUCAAUUCUGAAAACGAAUCUAUUUCUCUAAAUUCAAGUGUGAAAAGGAAAUUUGGUGAUGUAAAAUCUGAACUAUUAGGCACUCCAGUUCUUAAACAUGUUUCCACAUAUUCUAACCGUCCAACUCAUGAAAAUUUUGCAAAAGGAAUGGUCGAUUUGGUUGAACAUGAAAAUUUACCAAAUGCUACUGGUACUUUUAAAAAAAUUAAAGAAAUAUUAAAAGAUGUACGUCAAACACUGAACAAUUUACUAUAAUGGACAAAAUCCAUUAACAAUUAUUUAUACAAAGACAAAAUUAUUAUGUAAUUAAUAAAUUACCAGUAAUGACAUUUUACUUUUAAUUCCUUCUAUAAAUAGAUUUUAGUUUUAAGUCUAAUUAAAUAUUAAUUCUACUGUUUAACAACUUUUCACUAAGUUGCUUUAAUUGUAUAGGUAAAAGUUAAUUCAAGUUGUAUUAUAGACUCACUUAAUUUAGCAAUUUAUCAGU